AUGCUACCAUUUAUCGGAUCUAUCACAAGCAACUGCUGUUCCAUAUUAACUCAACAAGAAAUAUCGCGAGAAGAUUUAGAUGGUGGAACUUUAACCAUUAUUGGAUUAACAAUGGCUAAUAAGAAUAAUACGAAUAUGCAAAUGUCGAAAGAAUCCUAUUGUAGCGAUCAUUUACGCUCAUUUAUUGAUGAUGGUGGUGAUAAUAUUGAUAAUAAUAUGAUCGAAUCAGCUAAUGAUAUUUUGCACUUCCAAAGAACACUAACACGAAGUGCGGAAUCAUUACAUUCGUUCGGUAUCAAACAUUUACAAUCAUCAACAUUGCGACGUCAUUCGCAUAACCUUAACAACGAACGACAUCGAACUUUAGUAUGGGUACGACCAACAAGAGAAGAAUUAAUGGCCAGAGCAAGUCGUCGUGUUUCAGACGAACCAAAAUUACUUCACCAUACACAAUAUGAUCCUGUUAGAG